AUGGCGGCGGUCGCAGCGCAGCAGUAUGCGCCGCUCGAUGAGGCGGGAGAGGCUGGCCAGGCCGACGGGCCCCUUGAGUUUGGAUUCUUGCCGCGGCAGGUGGUUGUUGAUAUCAAUGACCUUGGAAACUGGAAGAAGCGGGCGGCCGCCAUGGAGCGCCUCGCGCGUGCGCUCGCCUCUGUCCCGGACCCCGGCGCGCUUCUGCCGGCGCUGCAGCCGCUGUGCGCGUUCCUACUGGGCCUCCUGGCCGACCACAAUUUCAAAGUAGCUGUCGGCGGCAUGGCGGCGCUCGGCGAUCUGGCGGAGGAGGUCGGGCGCCCCAUGCAGUCGCAGCUGAGUGCUGCGGUGCCCGUGCUUGCUGCCAAGCUGGGCGACCCGAAGCCUCAGGUCCAGGCCGCCGCCAUGCGCUGCCUGCGCCGACUGAUGGGCGCGGCCGGCCCGCAGCCGGUGCUUGACCUGCUGGCGCCGCUGGCGGUGUCGUGCGGCGGCGGGGGCGAGGGCGGCGGCGGCGGCAGUGUGGCGGGGGCGCUCGUGAGGGAGCAUGUGCUGAACGCGCAUACCAUGGCGGUCCUGUCCUUUCCACCCAGCGCCCUCGACGCGCCGCGCGUCGUGGCAACCUUGCUGUCAUGCUUCGCGCCCUCCCCGGCCGUCUCCCGCAGCAGCAGCAGCAGCUCCCGGGGGUCCCUGGGCGGAACCACAGGCGGUGGCGGCGGCGGCGGCGGCGGCGGCGGCGCGUGCGGGACGCCCGAGGAGCGGGAGCGGCUGCAGAGAGUGGCGCUUGAGGGGUUUGCGGCGCUGAGCGCGCGGCUCGGGCCCGCGGUGCUGCAGCCUCUGCUGCGGGCGUCAGGCGCGAGCGAGGUCGAGGUCACUGCGGUGCUGCAGCGCACGCUGCGGGGGCAGCUGCCGGUGCUAGGGGCGGACGGGAUGGUGCGGCACGCGUUUGAGGGCGAUGCGGCCGGCGCCAGCGCCGAGGGCAGCGGGGGCAGCAGCGGGGGCGGCGGCGGCGCGCUCGGUGGUGGCAGCUUCGGCGGCAGGGGCGGCAGCAAGGGGGAUGGCGUUGGUGGCAGCGGUGCGCCGUCGCCCAUGGCGUCGGUGGGUGCUGGGGCUGCGCUGUUCGGUUCGCAGCAGAGCGCAAGCAUGUCCCCACUCUCGAGCAACAGGCCUGCAAGCGGCAGCCUGACCCAGCACCAGCAGCAACAGCAGCAGCAGCAGGAACAGCAGCAGUCCAAUGACCUGCGGCCCCCGUCCGCAGGCCGCCGCGCGCCCGCCGCCGCCGGCGGCGCCCUUGCAAGGGCCGCCGGGGCGCGCAAUGCGGUCAGCUGCCUUGGCGGCGCGGCUGCAAUUGCGGCGGCGGCCGCGGCCGGCGCCAUGGAGUCGUCGUUGCGGACACAGUCUUCGCCAUCCAAGUUCCUGGCAGAUCUGGAGGCCCACCACAGAUCACUGGAAGACGACGAGGCGCGGCGGCAGCAGCAGAGCCAGCAGUGGCAGCAGCAGGCCGCCGCGCGGCGGCCGCCUCCCUCGGCACAGCAGGCGCCGCGGCACCACCAGCAAGGGGACGGGGGCGCCGGUCUUGGCGUUGCCGAUCGCGGGGCAAGCCACGAGGAACGAAUCAACAGCCUGUGGGACGUUUCAGCACGCGCGUCUGCCAGCAGCGCGCGGCCGCUGCGCACGUCGCACGACAGCCUGCCCUCAGAGCGCAGCACCGGGUCCGCCGCGGCGCUGGCGACAGCAGCGGCGGCCGCCGCUGUGGGAGCGGCGGGCUCGGGUGGCGGCGGUGGUGGCGGCGGCGGCGGCGGCCCCGGCUCGGCAGGCGGCGGCGGGGCGAAGGCGGUGGCGCACUGGACGCCCCAUGGCUCGAUUGGCGGGGGCUCGAUUAGCGGCAGUUCCAUCGGCGGCUGGACGCCACCUGCUGCUCUGUUCACCGCGGACUGGACCUCGGGCCCGCCCGCGCCCCACAGCCGCCUCGGCGACGCGGGCGCCCCCAGGCCGCACGGCGCCGCGGCCUACCCCAAUGUCCUGACGACGGCGGCAUCCACCAUCAGCAGCGCCGCGCGGCUGUCGUCCCUGGGAGCGUCUGAUCACGGCCACGCAGUGGAGUGGACCCCUCCUCAGCUAGCAACGGCGCCCCUCCCGCAGCAGCAGCAGCAGCACCAGCAGCAGAGUGACCGCCAGGGUGCGAGGCAAGGGCAGCGGGCAGCGGACUGGCAGCUGUGGACUGCGCCGCCGCCAGCGGAGCACGGCCUUGGCGCGGCGGACUGGCCGCUGGGGGCGGCGCCGCGCCCAGAGGCCGAGUGGCGGCUCAAGGCGGCGCUGCUGCAGCAGCAGGCGGCGGCGCAGCUGGCGGCGAACAGCAGCGCGCUCGCCGCCGUGCAGGAGCUGGAGCAGCAGCAGUGGCAGCAGGACAGCGACCAAGGGGACGAGCAGCAUCAGCGGGAGGAGGGGGGCGAGGCAGACGAGAGCAUUGCGGGCGAUCAGGCAGCGGCAGACGGGGAGCUAGGUUCACAGUCCGAAGACGCGCAGUCCGAAGCAGAUGAGUUGGGGGAUGAGGAAGAGGCAACGGAGGAGCAGGAACAUGAGCAGUCCGAUCUUGACGAAGAGUGGCAACCGGCAAAUGAUCAUCCUAACCACCAGAAGCAGCAGCAGGAGCAGCAGCAACAGCAGCAGCAGCCACGGCGGCAGCAACAGCAGCAGCAACAACAGCAGCAAUUGCAGCAUGAGCAUCAGGAGCAGAAUGAAUAUGCUCCUGUGCCAAAUGUUUAUUCGAUGCAGGGCCAGCAGACGUAUACGCAGCGUUCAACCCAGCAGCAGCAGCAGCAGCAGCAGCAGCAGCAGCAGCAGCAGCAGCCAUCCCAGGCGUCGCCACACGUCACUACGACCGAGCGCGCGGUCGCCACCUCGGGCCCCGCUUUUGGCGCGCCUGGUUGCGCCGUCGACGCCUGGGCGGACACAACGAGCGGGCUCUCGACGGAAGGGGACGGCCUGGCCUGCCGCCGCGAGACGCUUAGUCCCAGCAAGGGCGAGCGCCUGGCGCUGCUGAAGCGCCUGCAGCAGGAGAAGCGCGGCAGCACCGCGGCGGGCGGCAGCCGUGGCUCCCCGGCGGCCGGCGGCGGGGGCGGCCUCGGCUUCGAGGCGGGGGCGAACCCUGGCAGCGGCCCGGGCAGCGCAGGCCGCGCGGGCGCCGACUCUUGGGACAGUUCCUGGGACGCGCCGCCCCUGCCGCCUGGCCAUUCGGUGCGGCACGCGCCCGAGGCUUCGCUCGCCGCCGCGCCGCUGCUGCAGUGGCAGCUGCCCGGCGCGCCGCGCGGCGGCAGCGCGCCGAGCGCGCCGGGCGCGGGCGGCCAGCGGAGGCCCUCCGACGGCGGCGGCUACGGGGACGAGUGGGCGGGCGCGUCGACGAGCGGCCGGCAGCCGCCGCCGGGCAGCGGCGGUUUGAAUACCCACAGCGGCCUGAAUUGGAACCUCGGUAGGGCCCCGCCCGCGGGCAGCCCGCACCGCGGCGCCGCCGCGACAGGGCAGGCUCUUCCUCGCGGCUCCCCGGGCUCGGUGCCAACAUGGCAGCCGAAGGACUCACGCGGCGGCGGUGGUGGUGGUGGCGGCGGCGGCGGCGGAACGGGGUUGGGAGGCCGCCAUACGCCAGCCACGGCGUCCCCGGGCACCCCCGGCUCGCCAGCUCAGCGGCAGGGGGCGCUGGCGGACACCCCGAGCGUAGGCGCGGGCAUGGAGCUCAGCACCGCAGACCUCACACCCCUGCCCGACCCCGAGGCCGCGCUCAAGCGCGUUCUCUCCAAGAUGCUGUCCUGCAACGCCGCCGCGCGCAAGGAGCUCGACUGGGUCGGCCAGACAGAGGCCGUCAACGACGCGCGCCGCCUGGUGGCGCACCACGCCGACCUGCUGACCCCUGGCUCCCUCCACGAACUCUGCCAGGCAGCCGGCCCCGCGGUCGAGCAGCUGCGCAGCUGCACGGCGCGCGCGGCGAUGCAGCUGUUUGGGGAGGCGUUUGCCGCGCUGGGGGCGCGGGCGGACAGGGAGUUGGAGGACGUCGUGCCGCUGCUGGUCAAGAAAGCGGGGGAGGUGUCGACCGCAGGGCGCGACAACUUCCUGGGCCAGGAGGCGGACCGGGCGCUGGCCGCCAUGUGCCGCUCCUGCACCGAGGCGCGCGCGCUCGCCGCGCUGCUCAACUGCACUGGCGCGCGCGCGACCGCGGCGCGCAGCAAGGUGGCGGCGCACCUGGACUCUAUGCUGGAUGGCGGCGGCUGCAGGUCCACCCUGCUCGCCAACUGGCAGCUGCUAGACCGCCUCUUCCGCGCCGCCGCCGCGUUUCUAGAGGAGGGCUCCCUCGAGUGCCGCACCCACGGCAAGCGGCUGCUAUGGGAGCUCCGGUCUGCCGCGCCCGCGCGCCCGGACUGGGAGCGGCUGCUGUCCGGACUGCGGCCAGAGGCGCUGCAGCGGAAGGUGCUGGAGGUGCUUGACGCGCCGGGCGGGCCGCCGCCGCCGCCGUCGCGGGGGCGGAUGGGCUCGCGCCUGGCAUCCAGGGGCAGCCCAGCCCCGGGGUCGCCCUCAUCGCCCGCCACCCCAGCCAGCCCGCCCCCCUCUGGCGGCAGCGGCCGCGCCGCUGCGCCCGUGCGGGCGCUCUUCGCAAACGGCAGCGGCGGCCGCGGCGCCGGCGGCCUGGCGGGCGGCGCGCCGCAGGCGGCGGCCGCAGACGGCUGGGGCGGAGGCGGGCCGGGAGCGCUGUCGACUGUUGACAAAAUCGCCGGCAGCGUCACCACCGCCCUGCGUUUCCGCAACCUCAGCCCCCGCGGCACCAAGGCCGCAGCGAAGGCGGCGCCGCCGCCGCCGCCGCAGGCGCAGCAGCGCGGCGCGCCGCCCCAGCGGCGGCAGCAGCAGCAGCAGCAGGAGCAGGCGGUAGCGCCAGCCGCGCCCCUUGAGAUGUCGUCGGAAUUGCAAGAGGCGGUGGAUCAGGUGAUCGCCCACAUGGCGUCCAAGGACUGGCGGGAGCGCGUGGACGCGCUGAGGGCGCUGUCGGCGCUGUCGCCGGCGGCGCCGGCGCUGACGGACGUGGCGCUCGAGGCGCUGCUUGGCGCGGUGGGGCCGCGGCUGGGGGACGGGAACGCCAAGGUGCACCAGCAGGCGUUGGAGAGUGUUUGA